UCGAGCCAGUCGCGCCUCGAGCCCCGGAGGGGCUGCACGUGUCCCAGUUCCCGCCUCGCGACUUAUGUAACCAUCCGCACGGUGAGUCCGCAGCCUCCGCGCCACUGCCUCCCCCCGAUCGACCCCUGGGCCGGCCCACGCGCGCUUAUCUACCGCUACCCCGCCAACCCCUUACCCCGCCUCGUCUCAUAUCGACUGAUAACUCUCGACGGAAGCACCGUCGGCCCGCGUUGUGCAAUAACCGUCAGCUGAGACGUGACAUAAUCGAUGCAAUUACUCGGACCAGAGGCACAAAUAAAACUAUAGGAAAACGCGACUUAUACAAUUUUAUCAAGCUUAUAUAAAAUUCGAGCAAACGACAAAGCGCCUUCAUUCUACAAUUAAUUAUAUUAGCAAGCUAGCACUAGGAUAUUAUUAGGAUAUUAAUUUUUAAAAUAAGUGCCAAGACUGUUUGUGUGACUGCGAACUCCUGAACUGCCGGUGUUUUGUGCGAACUUUAAAUUACAUUAGUGCAAGUGUCUUAUUUGUGAGUCGCGAUCGAUGCGUCGCUGCGUCGCUCGCGUCUGCCGGUAGAGGGCGUUAUUGGAGCCGGCAAGAUUGAGGUGGUGGCCGGGUGCGGGUGGGGCAGGCGCGCGCGCGUGCGUCCGCUGCACGCGCUGGGCCGCGCGGCCGGCAUGUUGGCGUCACAACGCUCGCAGUCGUGUAACGAAGAGGGUGCGUUCUUCGGCGCGCGGGCGCUGCGUCGGCCGCGCGGCAAGGGCAGCGGCAGCCCGCCUUGCUAGGGGUACGCCAUGUCGCUGCGCAGCCUACACCGGAGGCUCUCCUCCGCUAACAACACAUGCGAGGAUGGUGGAGGCGGCGCAGCGACAGGCACGGGCGGGCGCGCGGCGUCGUUGCGGCUGGCCAACGGACGCGUGGCGGCGCAGUCGGCGGAGCAGCUGCCGCGCUCACCCGCCGACCGCGGCGACCGUGGCACCGACCGAGCCGACUGCGCCUCCGUGCGCAUCUCCAUCGACAACACCAACACCUGCUGCACUGACUCGCUCGUCACCGCUCUUGAUGACGAAACAUUAUUAUUAGGCGACGCCGACAUGUCGCUGAAGCAGGGCAGCGGCACCGGCAAGGUCCACUUCGGUGGUCUGGACGAUGUGUCACUGUACGGCACGCCCGUGGAGCCCGCGCCCCCCGCGCCCGACGCCAAGCAGGGCUUCCUGCGCAACCAGCUGCAAGCACUCUUUCAGCCGACCGAUAACAAGCUAGCAAUGAAACUCUUCGGUUCAAAAAAAGCGUUGAUGAAGGAGCGCAUCAGGCAGAAAGCGGCCGGCCACUGGGUCAUCCAUCCGUGUAGUAGUUUUAGAUUCUACUGGGAUCUAUGUAUGCUGCUGCUGCUGGUUGCAAACCUGAUCAUCCUACCUGUUGCCAUUUCCUUCUUCAACGAUGACCUCAGCACGCGUUGGAUAGCCUUUAACUGUCUAUCUGACACCAUAUUCCUCAUAGAUAUUGUUGUUAAUUUUAGAACAGGAAUAAUGCAGCAAGAUAAUGCGGAGCAAGUGAUAUUAGACCCCAAGUUAAUAGCAAAGCAUUAUUUGAGGACUUGGUUCUUCCUGGACCUCAUCUCUAGUAUACCACUAGAUUAUAUUUUCUUGAUCUUCAAUCAGGUAAAUGACUUUAGUGAAAGCUUUCAAAUUCUCCACGCCGGUCGCGCGCUCAGGAUAUUGCGGCUGGCCAAGCUGCUGUCCCUGGUCCGGCUGCUGCGCCUCUCGAGGCUUGUCAGAUAUGUCUCACAAUGGGAGGAAGUAUAUAUCUUGCAGAAUCUCCAAAAAAAGCGCACCGAACGACGAGGACGGCUCAGCUCCGACGUCGCCAAAAAGAAGGGUGAUACGAAAAGCAAUCUGAUCUUCAAGUUCCUCAACAUGGCGUCCGUGUUUAUGCGGAUAUUCAAUUUGAUCUGCAUGAUGCUGCUAAUUGGCCACUGGUCAGGGUGUCUGCAGUUCCUAGUUCCGAUGCUACAGGGCUUCCCGCCGAACUCAUGGGUCGCUAUCAACGAACUUCAGGAAGCCUUUUGGCUAGAACAAUAUUCGUGGGCGCUGUUCAAAGCGAUGUCACACAUGUUGUGCAUCGGAUACGGCCGGUUCCCGCCGCAGUCGCUCACCGAUAUGUGGCUCACGAUGCUUUCCAUGAUUUCUGGCGCCACCUGUUAUGCGCUCUUCCUUGGUCACGCCACCAAUCUUAUCCAGAGUCUUGAUUCAUCUAGAAGGCAAUAUAGAGAAAAGGUAAAACAAGUAGAAGAAUAUAUGGCCUAUAGAAAACUGCCUCGGGAAAUGCGACAACGUAUCACUGAGUACUUCGAACAUCGCUACCAAGGCAAAUUUUUCGACGAGGAGCUUAUUUUGGGCGAGCUGAGCGAGAAAUUACGAGAGGAUGUCAUCAACUACAACUGUCGUUCGCUCGUAGCCUCCGUGCCAUUCUUCGCUAACGCCGAUUCCAACUUCGUGUCGGAUGUCGUCACCAAACUGCGUUACGAAGUCUUCCAACCUGGCGAUAUCAUCAUAAAAGAAGGAACCAUCGGGAACAAAAUGUACUUCAUCCAGGAAGGAAUCGUAGACAUCGUAAUGGCAAACGGAGAGGUCGCAACUAGCCUGUCCGAUGGCUCCUACUUCGGCGAGAUCUGUCUCCUGACAAACGCUCGCCGAGUCGCCUCCGUCCGCGCCGAAACCUACUGUAACCUCUUCUCUCUGUCCGUGGACCACUUUAAUGCGGUGCUCGACCAAUACCCUCUGAUGCGGCGGACAAUGGAGAGUGUCGCCGCCGAGCGGCUCAACAAGAUUGGCAAGAACCCGAACCUCGUGGCGCACCGCGAGGACGACACCACGUCGGAGGGAAACACCAUCAACGCGGUGGUGAACGCGCUGGCCGCGGAGGCGGAGCACGUAAGCCUAUCGGACGACAGCGUGGCGCGGCUUUCGGAGCGAUCUCUGGGGUUGGCGUUGCAACCGCUGCAGGCAGCGUCAUGCCGCAUGGCGGGCGUGGCGUUGCCAGGACUAGGCGUGGCCGCCGCGCUGCCGCGCCCCAAGUCCGAGCACGACUUUAGCGCGGCCCAGGGCCCGCCGGCGCCACUGGCCGCAGCGGCCGCCUUCCACAAGUCGGACGCUGGCAUCGCACCCUGACGCCGCACGCUCUGCUAGUGCGCGUGCAUGUGUGCGCCACUCGAUAGCAAUACUAGGCUUAGUGCGAGCUCGCCGCCUCGCUAGUUGUAGCGUAGACAUAUAGCUGCGACUUCGCCGGGCCCGCCCGCUGAAUCUCAUUUUGUGAUCUUAUACUUAAUUCUCCUGUGUUAUAAUUUAGGUUAAAUUUUAUAUCAUCGACGCUGUGAGGAUCGAAUACGUGACGUAUUGCGAUCAUAUAGAAUAUACCUGUUAUAUAUUGAAGGAUAACUAUUGAAUCUUUAUAGAGAUACCUUGCCAUUAAAAGAGGAAAUAAUUAAUUAUAUAGACUAGACUGAGAUGUAAAAAUAUCACUAUUUUAUGCUUUGUUGGCGUAUGAGAUUGUCGCUAUUGUUGACGGAUGCGAAGUCUAUUGCGUGAUACCGAUCUAAAAUGUACCUUUGAAGGUUCCUGGCAUAGGCCUCGAAAUGUUAUAUAUUUGAAGUUGUUGACCGCAUACUCGUGCGCUAAGAG